UGCAUCCUCCCUCCUUCCUCGAGCAUACAUAUCAUCAAUUCACCACAUUUUCUCCCCCCAAAAAAGAAGUAAACAUUUAUUGUUCUUCAUCUGCCCGGCCUUUACGGUCAAAAACCAAAAUGCCUCAAGCUGCUAGAAUGAUCCAAAUCAAAGUGGCUGACCGUACCAUAAGAGCCAGGCUGAUGGAGGAAGAGAAUCCGGAGGUGGUGAAGCUAGUGUGCGCCCAGCUUCCUCUCAGAAGCUUUGCCCUCCACACCAACGUUUCCGGCCAAGGCCUCGUGCUGCCGACUCCAAUCACUUACGUUGGAGCCGGCCACAUGGUGGACCGCCACCCCGGGUCGAUCUAUCUCUUCGCCCCGGGACAGUCCAUCGUGAUCACCUACGGCGACACCAAGGAGAGCGCUCCCGUCAACAGAUUCGCUGUCGUCCUCAAGGAAGACAUGCGGGACCUGCGGGCCGCGGGGAAGUCCGUUUUCGACUCCACCCUCGCCGCGGCCCAACACAGCAUUGUCCCCGCCACCGUCAGCAUCUGCGACGACGCGGACGGCGUCCGCGUGACACCGUCCCUCGCGCUACCCGAGGCGGCCCCGAAGUUCACCGGGGGGUGGAAGAGUGUGGAAGCACUCUUCCGCCACGAAGCGAAGCGGGUCCUGCAGGAGGAGCCCGACGAAGUGUUUGCCAGCUUCGCGGGGUUCGUCCCCACGGGGAUGGGGACGGGAGGGAACGUCCUCCCGGUGUGGAUGCACACGUGGUGCUGUCUGAUGACGGACGGCCCGAGCACCCUCUACCACUUCCUGAGAGACUCCGACCUCCCGAGCAUGACGCUCCCGAUGAUGAAGGACCUCACGCGCUACCACUUGCUCCAACCCUUCAACCACUUCGAGUUCCUCGCCGACCUCGGGCUCCCCAAGUUCAAGGCGUGGGGGAAAAUGUAUUCAUCCGCGCUCGCCGACUUGGAGUCGCUGGAUGAGUACAAGCAGCUCACGGCGGCGCUGUUGACCCUCGUGAAUGUGUACCUCCGCCGCGUGCAGUCGCGCUUCCCGUUCCACCUCGGCAGAGCUUUCCCGCGCGUCAGCAAAGAUGAGAUCCUCAAGCUCUCCGGCCUCUGUUAUUGAUCGAGCUAGUCGUCGUCGUGUUUGACCGGACCAUGCCAUAAUAAAAAGUUAGUUCAUCCGUGAGGGGAACUCUUCUUGAAAAAUAAAAGCCCCUCGUUUUCGAGAGAGGAAAAAUAAUAAUUAAAAAUAGAUAAAUAACAUGGAGUGAUGGAGUAAUGUUAUGGCCUAUUGGUGUUAAAAAAAUUUACUGCAUUUUG